AUGCCUCGACUGUUAGGAUCUAAUCGUAUGAUCAAAGGUCCCAUCAAGUGCCCGACAAUAGAUUCAUGCUGUUGUGCAAGUUCUCAAGAGCUUAACGAGCGGUUGGUCUCCCCAAGGAAGUCACCGUGUUCCUCUGCUUUUCCUCCACACUCAGUGAGUUGUGAUGCAGAGGUGCGGGGUAUCAAGGUAAGCCCAAACAAUGCGAGCCCCUGUCAAGAUGAGACUUAUCCUGUAUCAGGGAAAAUGGAGAAUCAAUACCAUGACAAGAAGAUUCUAGAGACUUCACAGCCGCAACCGCACUUGGUUGGUUCCUCCACGGAAAUACAUAAAAUGGAUCCUCAACUAAAUGAGGGUAGAUACAUUACCGAUCGCGAUAAAAAUGACAAGUUGACCUCUAGUAGAUUGGGUGAUGGUUUUCGGCAUCAUUCUACAUUCUCUAGUAACAAAAUUAGUGACAAUAACCGUGGUGGCUGUUGUUAUGGUGGUGAAAAAAGAUUUUGGCCAUGUCGAGGUUCGAUUAUCAACAGCUUGCAUAGUACCUCGAGAGCCGUUCCACAUUGGUUUACUCUCGGGAUGAUUGGGGUUCUCAGUGCCGUGUUUUUUUGCUUACCAUGGUCUACUAAUCGGAUGCGUAUUUUUUUUAUUGUUCUCAAUGCAGUGAUUGGAAUAGCGUGCGGUGUAGUGUACUUUGUCUCUUCAAACGCCGAAGCUCGUUCGAUGGAGAGGGAGGAAUUCCGACAGGCUCAUGAAGUGUGUCAAUAUCACAAUGGGUUGUACAUCUAUCCAUCUUUUAGGGUUCUUUCGGGGACUGAAAUAUGGUCAGUGAAUUAUCACACAAUGCCCCAUUAUUGUUUACCAAGUGGGAGUUUGGAGGCAACAAAUGAAAAGGGGUUGGCUAAGGCUAAUGGAAGCUACAUUCCUCCGCCACCACCAGUGCUGCCGCUUCAGUUUCAGCUGCAUUCAGACAGUAACGGCGCACUUCGUCAUAAGGAAGAUCUCAGUGCUCGGUGUAAAAGGACACAAGAAAUUGAGAUGUCGAAUUUAGUUCACUCUACUGACGGGUGCUGCGACGACGGUAGCGGGCACAAAGGAAAGGGGUGUCUCAGUGAAGAAUUAGCUACCACGUCCGUUGUAAUCUUACCCACCUAUUCACAACUCAUCUCCAAGGACAAUAUCGCUGCAGAAAAGCCUGUGAUCAGCCAUAGGUGUACUUGUCUUGACCGUAAUACAGGGAAUUCAAUGUCCAUAACGUCUCGACAUAUGUGCCUCUGGAACUACUGGAUCCGAAAAUCGCACUAUCGCCAGGCAGUCCCCGCUGUUGAAUUGUUGUUGUUAGGAGUGUUGUUACUAGUGUCCCCACGAUUCAUCGGUGAGCUCACGCCUUUAUCAUUAUUUUCUCACAAUUCACCGCGUGAGGGAGUCUCAUUGCGAGAUGUUGGUGGAGUUUCAAGAAGUUAUUUCAAAUCAAACCCUUCUAUUACUGAAUUAGUUUUUCAGUAUUCCUUAGUGUCUGCAACGCCAUUGGGAAACUUGUCCCGUGAAUACUCUGCGAUGAUGCAAUCGGUGAGUACAGCAAGGUUGUGCCGUCGUAUUAUUGCACAGGAAUGUGUUCAGAGCUCACCUAAAUGGAGAUUAGCCUCUGCAGCUAAGAUUCGGGUGAGCCCAAACAUUUCUAACAAAAUACACCCAAACAAAGACGUGACACUUAAAAUACACAAACUUCCUAUCGGAACCGAGGCAUUAAUGGAUUCGCUAGUGGUAAUGGCGACUCAAAGCAGCCGUUUGGAGUCCGCACACACUUCUUCUGAGCUAUUGUUUGAAGUGUGCCUGCUACAUGCUUGGGUUUUCUUUAUGUUUGACAUUUCUUUUCUCGUCGAGUUAAUUAUCGGGCUUAUUCAUCUGGCCACAUUUUUUUCGUAUUAUCCAUCUAUUUCCAUGUACCACAUGUUUGUGCCCGUUCUGUGGCUAUCAAUUCCAAUACUGUGCAUGCUGCUGGUGUGUUUCAGACACCAAAGCCAGCUUGAGGGGAGUCGAACAAACAAUAAUUCAGCAAUGUCAAACAUGGUACCAUAUCAAUGCAUGGGCAAUAGGCCCACCCUCUUCCAUCUUUGUAAUACAAGAGGAUAUGGGGACAACAUCCGGAACAUGGUUGAGCAACAUCCCUUUCAUCAAGUAAAAGAAGUUGUUGCCAUGAACGAUGCCUCCUCGUCUGCCAAUAACCUUUUCAAAAAAGAGGACAAUGAAAUUUCAGACGAAGAUGUGUUGUGUUCUUACAGCACCGUGGAGAAUUAUGGUCCACUUUCCCUAGAGGAGUGCCCUUUCUCAAUGACUACCAACACACUCCACCGCGAGCAGACGCUAUCGCCACGUAAAGUUGUAUUUGAAGGUUCUGUUAGUGAGAGUGGCCUACCACCUAUGACUCGAGACAUUAGUUCAGCAUUCAGCAAUGCCUCUGCGACCCGGGUAACCGACGGCUAUCCAUCGACACGCACAACCACGACGCUGACCCCGAACAAGGCAAGCCGGAAAUUGCAGAACCCAACUCCCGCGCCAAUUUCCGUAGCCAGUCGCGAGAAGACCCGAAAGGAAGCCUGUGGAUUGCUUUGCUUUGCAAAAUCCCCUCGCGUGAAUCACCGCGAGGAUGGAUUCAGCGGGUGCGAGCUUGAUGCCAGAGUCUUCGAUCGUGACAUUGCCGCACUCUCUGGGCAACAAUCACAUGCUUGCAAAACGGAGGUUACAGAGCAAUGUUAUUUUCCUUGUGGGACGGGUGCUGUAAUGGGACCUGAGGAUCCCACAAGGGAUCUUUCCUUUACGCAGAUUAACUCCGUUUUAUUUGAUAGCGCGGUGCUCUAUGCCGUAAAUCCGCGACGCCGUCCAAGGGUCUUUGUUUCCGAUUCUUCAUUCUUUUACCCCAAGCGAUCCGCCUUAAAUUCUUCUGCGCUCCUAAAAGCAAUUGGAUCCAACCGCUGUUGUUUGCCGACAGUACCUAAAAAGAGUGUGGAACGUAUUGGGAAAACAGCCACAAAGGUGAAUCGACAGGGUGAAACUUGUUCUAACCCGGCAGCCUCUCUCUCUUUUCAUAACGAUGCGGAGUUGCAGGAGCCUUCUGACAUGCACAAUAGACCGGAAAGCAUUUCUUUUCUGUCCAGUCUUGUGCCUUUCGGUGAUGAUUGCAACCCUUUUAUGGUUCUCGACCUUGGGCUUGUUAUUGUUGAGGUUAGCAUGGGAAUGGCUACCAUGCUCGGGACGUCACCAGAGUUUCUUCGCCUUCGCCGCCUUUCGGACGUAUUGGCGUGGCUGGAGGUGGAUCGUGCGACCAGCAUUCUCCUCACGUUAAGGGAGCUCAUUUUGAAGUCAAUUUCAUCUUCUUACACACGGUCGUGUUCUGAUCCCGGUGGCACAUCCAACUGUUCGCAAGGUUUGCACAAUUCCAGUGGAUGCAAAGCCAAAGAUGAUGGUGCCGGUUCUUCCCACGGGUUUGCGGAAGCAGUGCCCACGAGGGUGCGAUGCGAUCCGACGAAGGAGCAUCCGGCAACGUAUUUAGCUGUUAGUCGCAUCACGUUGCGAGGCCACUUCCCAUUCCGUAAGGGGUCCGACAAAAAUGAUUUAAGUACGAAGCACGGGGGAACCCAGGAUGAGCUGAGCAAGCCUCUAGGCUGCGAUGCUACCAAGUCUAAAGCAUCAUCGGAGGACCUAAACACCUUUGCUGUGAGCUUGGAUGCGUGGCUUGAGAUUUAUUCGCUUGGUGCACAGCCGUGCGAUGAAGCCAAGGAAAAUGUUGUCGGAACGGCACUCCUAGUGCUACGUCGUCCGCUACUUCAUGCAGUUUUUGAUCAACUACAGAUUCCGCUCGCACUCUUGGACCCCCGUUCUGGUGAGAUUCUGUUCUGGAAUCGAUACGCGGAGCGGGUGACGGAAACUAGGGGCUAUGAUAUCCUCGGAUGGCCAUUGUUCUCUCAUUUUCACCCCAUUUUUCAUCAUACCAACAAUUCUCGAAACAAGCGAAAUGACAUCUCCGAAGGCGUUUAUUUUCCACCCACAAGCAGUAGCAGCGGUGGAAUUCGUGCUCCAGACAAUUAUAUAUAUAAUGGCUCAGGUGUUACUGACCGCGAAAAUGGUGCGGCGGGGCAGCCACUUGAUAGCACAAAGGCUGUGAGUGAAGAUUUUGGAUUCCCACACUUGGACCUACGAGGUCUGUUACGGAUUCCAACUCCAUUUGCCGUAGAAAACGCAGCAACAGGAUCGAGGAAUGGCUCAUCUACUAUCUUGCGUGAAAAAGAAGUAGGUUCAAGCAACCAAAUUGAAGCUUAUGACCCUUCAAAUGACGUAUUUAUUCAGCUGCUAUCGCGACCAGAAGGAAAUGAGGCUCAUGAAAGCAACGCGAAGGGUGAAAUGUGGUUUCAAUGUUGCCUGCGACCGUUGUGCGGAGUCUUCCGUGAAGAGGAAGCCGGCGCUCUGACGGACCCUGUGCCUGAUUUCUCAUAUACACAAUUCGACGGAAGUAUUAAACCUAAGCUAACCAAACAACCUCUAAGAGGAGAAGAGGAUGAAUUCUAUUGGAUUAGUAGCAGCAGGUGCACAGCCAUCAGUGUGACUGAGCAUCAUGGGCGCCGUGAGGACACAGAUGUUGCGUCCUGCAGCCGAUCGCAGCUCUGUAGGAAAGGUAAAAUCGACAAUACCCGAAGGAAUGCAAAUUCCCGCGUUUGUCCGCGUCAACCACUGCCAAGUGCCGCCGAGUUACUUGCACGAGAUGCAACUUCCAGUAAACUUACUUCCUUUCCCACCAAUAUUAAUACUAAGAAUGGUAUUAAUUGUAAGUUUUCUGAUGGUUCCACGGUAGGAUUAAAUACGGUAAAUGGUGAAUCUAAGUCAUCGUCUUUGAGACAACAGACAUCCAAUAAUGGCUAUGGUAACCUCUCCGGCACUACGAGUGCCUACGAUUCUCUCUUUUUCACGUUUCUGCAGACGCUGCGGAGUCUCAUGCAAGAGCCUGCACCACUGAUGUUGGUUCUUGAGAAACCUGUUUCACCCUGUUCCCUUCAGUGCGAGCAGUCUGGCGCCUUUAGUGUGUAUUCGAACCAAGUCUCGGAGGAGUGCAGUAUCCCAGACAAAUUGGGAACGUCUGGUCACGUUGACGACCGCCCAAAGUCCUACGCUGCUUUAGCGGAGAGCAACUUACCUCUCCAGUUUUCAAAUGACGUGAGAGACUCAAUAAAGCUCUUCAAACAGAGCCUGAAGGAAAAUAUGCUGGAAUAUUCAGAUUGGGGUAGUUUUUUACAGGAGGGGGUGUCUACAUCAUUGCUUAGCCAUCUCACAAAAACUACACCUGGAGUUCCAUCCAGUUGCAAUGAUGUUGGAUUUGAGAAGCAAGAUUCAAUAAAGACCGAUUCUGCGCACGAUGGCGCAAAAUCGUCUGAUAUCUUUCGCAUGACUCGCUGCCUGAAGGAGUUUGUAGAUCAAAUAUUACGGAUUGCGGAUCAGUACAACAGUGAAAUUACCACGGUUUCGAGAGCGCAUGUGUCGUCAAAUUCAUUCCUGAAACAUCCGUAUUACGGUCAUCGGGGGUAUCAGCGCUGUGUGAUAUCACCACCUACCUCUGGCAGGAUGUAUUCUACGUCAUUUCGGCGGAGCCCGUGUGGAAAAUCUCCCACCAAGAAAGCAUAUGGUGUAGCUAGUCCCGUGACUAGCUCUUUCCAGGUUGGUGGGAUGCAUCGAUCGUCAUCUGAGGAGGGAGACUAUAUCGAUGUACCACUUCAACAGUCUAAUUCAUUCGACAAAGGGGAGCAACGACAUAGCAGAGAUGCUGCACAGGCAGCUGCACUGAGGUCAAGGCAUCGUAUCACAGAACUAGCUAUUGCGAGAGGAACUCCACCAAGGCCCCCAUUCAACGUGUGCAGACUCAUUUCUGACAACAGGCUCCCCACAGCAUUAGAAUCCCAUCCUUUCAUUUCAUCUGUCGGUAACACGAGCAACGCCUCUGAAGUUUGGAACACAAAAUACGAGCCUUUGUCUAGUCUUACUGGAUUCGAUAAGCACUACAAGGGCUUACAUGAUAUCAAGAAAGCUCGGGAAACGGAUGAUGAGGGGGCCUUGCUGCAGUCACGUUUUCGAGAGAGUUGUAGCAAUCUUUCGCACGACGGCCACGCGUUCAUGGAGCUCCCAAAUCCAUCCCAUGAAACAGAUCAGUUUGAAGGGGCAAUGCCCGCAGGAAGUGGGGCUGAUUGUGGCACCAUUGCCACGGGUAAGGGCCCCUCUUUCUGUUUUUAUAGACAGUCGAGAGGCAUGGAUGAACCCAAAGAGGGUUUCUUUGGAUCUAUGGCGGAGGACGUAGACAAGGCUCUUUCGCGCAAUUCCAACCCUUCGAGCGUCACUGCACAGUCGGGCAAGGGCGAUGCGCAGCCUGCAGCUUGGGCGAUGCUUCUCUCGCGCGACGAGGCUACCAUUCCGACUUGUCAUAUCCACGUUCCUCUCGGCGAAGAAUUCUGUUUUGGACGCAGUAGCACCUGCCAUGUGGUCGUUUCGGAUACUUUUGUGAGCAGUUUGCAAUUUAAGAUUAAACGCAUGGUGAUCUCAGAACGCACUAUGGGUCAACAUCGGCGUCAGCGACAUGCGAACCGCGCGGGUGGUCGAAAGGCUGAUACUCUCAGCAACCCAAGCUCUGGAAAAUAUGUUGUAAUGCUUUAUGAUUGCAGUGCGAAUGGGACCUAUGUUAAUGUCAAGAAGAUUGGGAAAGGUGGGCGUUGUGUCCUCCAUGACAAUGCUCUUAUCACUUUUAAGGUGAAUACCUCUCAGUUUUUUAUGGGAUUUAUGUUCGUAUUAGUUGACGCUCAGGGUUUCCCGCUACGGGGCCGUCAUCUAAACCCGGACCACCAGCUGAAUGGCACCGGGCUGAGCACCUGGGUUUCCAUGUGGAGGCAUGUCAAAGAACCUCUCACACCCUCCUCGAGUUUUGCAUCUGCUUCUUGUAAAAACGUUGCUGGGGAUGUCCAAGCUUUGUCAGUUGAUGCCCUGAGCAGCAAUCGUCCUGCUUCCUCAAGGCGUUUUUCAACACCUGAUAGCUCAAGUUUGAGCAGUACCACCCACAUACCUGAACGUCUCCACGAUUCGACACUAUCCGAUCGACGCCACCGCAAUCCCUCGCGGCGGCGAAGCCUCACGGUUAGGGAAAAAAUCACCCGUCGGGAGACAAUUGAAUGGAAGAUUGGGGAAGAGAUGCUUGGAAAAGGUGGAAAUGCGGAGGUUUAUUUGGGGAUCAACCUUACAAAUGGGCAGCUUAUCGCGGUGAAGCGUGUGCAGCUGCCGGAUACCCUAGAGGAUCGCGACAACUCAGAGGCGAAGGCCAUUCUUCAGCAGUAUCGUUCUCUCAAAGAGGAGAUUGCAGUGCUGUCCAAGGCGGUUCACCCGAAUAUCGUGCGGUACUAUGGUUCUUCACAAAACUCUACGUACUUUAAUAUAUUAUUGGAGUUUGUUCCCGGCGGCUCAUUAAGGGGUCUCCUGGACAAUUUCGGUGCGCUCAGCCCGGGUGUUAUUCUUAGCUACCUUCGACAGGUGCUUCAGGGGUUGGUGUACCUCCAUCAGCUAAACAUCGUUCAUAGCGACAUCAAAACGGCCAACAUUCUCAUCACUGAGAAGGGAAGGGUUAAGUUGGCGGACUUUGGCACAGCGAAGCUGCUCAACCGUCCACGCACCACCUUCGCCACCGAUGCCUCGAAUUUUGCGCCCCGAAGAGGGGAGUCAACGCAUCAUAACGCCAGUCUCCUCCCUCCGCGUGCCCCAGAAGGCGGCAAUGGCAAUGACAGUGACAAUGGGGGGGGUAGCAUCACCCUACACAUCGCGGGGACGCUGCGCUGGAUGGACCCCGACCUCUUCCGCGUCGACUCCGCCGCCCCCAGCGCGGGCCCGACCAAGGCGAGCGAUAUCUGGUCCGUCGGCUGCGCGAUGGUUGAAAUGAUGUCUGGCGAGGCGCCGUGGUUUGAGUACGAGUUCGAGAGCAAAGAGCAGAUUGUGAACCUUCUGACCUACGCGCAGGAGCCGCCGGAGAUUCCGGACUGUGCGGAGUGUCCCGACCUGGUCAAACUGUCCCAGCAAUGCCUACAGAUCAACCCUGCGAAGCGUCCCACCUGCGUGGAGCUCCUGCAGAUGGUGGUGGCCUCUGAGCAGCGGUUUCAGGCCGAGGCGAUGCGGAAAGGCUCCUCUAGCAGUCCGCCACGGGGGAACCCCUAG